AGAGGUCCUUCAAGAAGAUACAGUAAGGAAGAUGUCCACGAGGGAACUGGAGAGAUUGGGCCGUUGCCUACAAAUUUAGACAUGGAAGUUGACACUGAUGACGCCGACAAUGCCAGAACUGAUUGUGAAGGAAUUUAUGUAACUUGAGAUGGGACCUAAAAAGGUGAAAAGAGGAAAGAAAAAAGUCAAGAAAGUAAUACAUCAAGAUGAGGAAGUUGAGUUCGUGUGUACUGUACAAGCUGGAGCUGAUUUACGAGACACAGAGCAUGUACAAGACCCUAAAGAAACUGUACAAGACCAAGACCCUGAAGAAACCCUACAAGAACAAGUACCAGAAGAGGCUGAAGGUGUACCAGAACAAGCACUUCCAACUGAUGUGCCAGAAGAGCAGCACAACGCCGAAGAGCCUCAAGGAGAACUCGAACUAGGUACAGAUCAAGAACCUGUAGAUGGAAGAUCCCGUAAGAGAAAGCGUGGACCUACCAAGAUGAAAGACCUAGCCAAAGAUCCAAAUACCAGAGUUCAUGUUGAUUUCAAUUCUCUGGGAGAACCUUAUGGUGAGGGUUCUGUGAAGUUGUCGUCAUAUCUAGGUCCUUUGGUAAGGGAGCACGUUCCUGUCACGCUUGAAAGUUGGAAAAAGCUUACAGACGAAGUGAAGACUGUGCUCUGGAAAUCGGUCCAGGCUAGGUUUGAAAUUGAUGAUGAUUACCAAAGGGAUGCUUUGCUUAAGCAUAUGGGAGCCUUGUGGAGGUCAUCCAAGUCACGCCUAGUGACACAAAUUAAUGACUCCGAGAAUAACCAGCAAAGGAUGAAGUUAAGACCUAAGAAUGUUCCUCCGGUUGAGUGGCGGAAAUUUGUAAAGCUUAAAACUAGCCAAGAAUUUAAGGUCUUGAGUGAUAGCUACAAAGAUAGAAGAAGCAAGCAGAUUCCUCACACAUGCAGUCGCAAGGGAAUGGUUAGACUUGCUGAAGAGAUGAAAAAAAAUUCUGAUAACCCAUCUGGAGUUUCAAGGCUUAAAAUCUGGGUCAAAUCACGUACCAGAAAAGAUGGAACUCCUAUUAACACAAAUGCAGCUGAGAAGAUUCAAAAGGCAGCUGAGCUUGUUAAUGUUGCUAAAAACAGAGAUGAGGAUACACUCGUCCAACUGUUAGGACCUGAUAAUCCUGGGCGUUUGAGAGUGAUGGGUAGAAAUAUGAGUAAGACCAAAUUAGCUUGUUUCCAAGUUAAGAACAAGACUAUGUCAGAGAUGCAAGAGAAGCAAAUUGAGCUAGAGGAAACGGUUGAGCAGCUACGAGCUCAACUUGCAAAAGUUCAAAACCAGGUCGGAGAAGAAAAUGAAGUGGGUGAAAACUCUGCUGCAAGAAGUGUGAACAAAAAAACACAGAAGAGGUGUCUUAUUAUUGAUUGGGCUGAUGAAGAUGGAAAUGUUGCUGAGGGGCGUAUUAUCUCUUCAGACCCAGAAGAUAUUGUGAAUGACAGUCGAUUAGGCCCUACGGAUGUCAAAGUUUUUGUUGAUUCUGCUACUGAACCAGAUGCUUUCCUCUGGAGACCUGCGAGAAACAUGUGCACGAUUAAAGAAGCUGUUGGUCAUAUCAUUGCAUGGCCUAAGAACAAAUGUGUUGAACUAGGUCAAGGCCUCCAACCAGAAGACAUUGCACCACUGGGCUCAAAAGCAAACUCUCUCAACAAGUGCAAACUACUUGAUUUAUCCGAUGAUAGUGUAGUUGUUGGUGAAGGACGUUGGCAGACACAAGAACCAAAAGCAUUGGUUAAUGGCAUUCCCCUCGGUCCAAAAGCAGUUAAAGUCUUUCUUGAUGUCAUACUUGAACCUCAAACUUUUUUAUGGAGGCCUACGUCAGACGUCGCAUACCUUGAGGAUUGCUUGAUGUCUUUCAUCUCAUGGCCUGCUCGGAAAGUUGUCUUCGAAAACCCACCUGAAGGAACAAGAAAUUCUCCUACACAGCACACUGCAUCCUCAGUAGGAAACACAAGAGAAACAGUUCUAAAAGUUCCAUCCAUCAGUUCUAAGUUUCCUACAUCCACAGCUCCUACUGAGAAAUCUCCAUCAAGCCAGCUAAAUCAUGGAUCGGAAGCUGUACAAGUUAAUAAGAAGUGCAAACUGAUGGACAUUAGUGGAAGGAAACGGGUUGUUGCCGAAGGACGUGUGCAUUCAACAGACCCAAAUCAAAUGGUACACUUUGUACGAUUGGGUCCGAAUGCAGCUAGAGUGUGGGUUGAUGCAGUGAUGGUAGAUGAUGCAGACGUUUGGAGGAAGUCUGAUGAAAUCGAGUCUUUGAAAGAUGCACAUGGUUCAUCUAUUGCAUGGCCAGUUGAUAAAUUGGUCAUAUUUUAAGAUGCACAUCAUGCAGGGGAUGAAGAAGUUUGGUCCAGAAAUAGCUAGUUUUAGACUAGGCUAAAAAAUUUUCAAUCGGCUGUUAUGUUUUCAAUCGGCUCUUUCUGUUUCUGGUACUUGAACUUAUGACUUAUGUAAAAUCACCAUCUUGUAUGAAUGUUUGGGUGUUCUAAUGAAGGAUGUUUGGUAGUU